CGAUUGUCAAUGGACUAUUUCAGACGGGUCUCAAUCGGUUUAUGCAACGGCUCCGUGCGUUUCGGCUACGUGAUUUCUGACUUGUGAUUUGCAACCAGAUCUUUGUUAUCCGGAUGGAAAGAGAAAGACAGAGAGAAAGGACUAAAAUGCCGUGAGUCUUGAAGUUUAGUGGAUUUUGUGUGUUGGUAGAUUCUCCUAUUUUCCAGUCGCCCACUUUGAAUUUAUAGUUGGCAGUCUUUUUUCAAUUUUAGACUGUUUAAUAAGUGUGAGAGACUAAGUAAGAUGACAUUGUAGCAGGGUUGUGUCGAGCCAUACAACUGAAGUUGUGCGUGCUGUGGUUUUGAAUCAUCCCAGGGAUUCAUAUUGAAUAUAAUUUAUCUGCGAGCAGAGGUCGAAUCGUUAAGCAAGAGUGGAUUCUUUCCAGCUGUGAAUCCACGAGCCUCUCAUGUUUGUAAAUCAUUUCAGUUUUAAUUAGAAGCUGACACGGGGACACAACUGAGGAGGAAAUCACUAAUAAAAAUCUGCAACAUUGGGACUUUUUAAUGCCUCUGUGGAACCUGAGUUUAUACUCACCUUAUCUUACUCCGCAGGCAAGUGCCUUUUAAUCUUAACAUCAGUUUGACGAGAUAAUUGCGCAGUGUAUCUUUCAACAAAUAUCACAGGAUCUUUAUCUAAAGUGACUUUGUGCGUGCAGUGUAGUCUUUUUCUUUCCACAUGGGAUCAUAGCUGGGUCCACACGUCUUGUUUUCUUCCAUGCUCGCACUGUGGUCCAUUAAAAGCUCAGUGGACCUCAGUCUCUCCAAACUUGACGGGGCAUGGGAGAAGCGACCCCUGCUCAAUCUGCUGCAGGGCCAUUCGUACCCAUGCUGGGUGUCGGUUUAGGAGCUAUGCCCGGUGGGGUCGGUACCGGGUCGGUGGUGGCCCCCUCCAGAGGUUCCGCUGUUCCACAGCUGCACAACGCCAUCGUGGAGCGUCUGCGCGCCCGCAUCGAGCUGUGCAGGAGGCACCACUCUACCUGCGAGAACCGCUACCAGAGGGGUCAGGCCGAGAGCUCGGACCGGGAGCACGAGAGCACGCUUCACCUGCUCAACAUAGUCCAACAAGGGCCCGGGAACCGAAAGGCAAAGGGCAGCCGGGGAUCGAACCAGCAACCUCCAGAGUACAGCAGAGCCAAUGGGGAGCAAAAGGGCUCAGAGGGCGAGCAGAAGCUUUCCACGCGCAUAGCGCUUCAAGGAUCUCUGCGAAGGAAGAUUGAGGGACAUGCACCAGGACCAAAGCAGAACGGGCUCUCCUGUGGUUUCUCUGGAUCAGACUUUAAGCGGGUCCGUGUGGAUGCCGGCAGUCUCGGACACGGGCCCUGCAGCCAUAACUUAACCCAGUCGCAUUCCUUGCAAGGAUCCUCAACCAUGGGCAUGCAGAGGAAGAACUACAUGAUGCCCCAUGGAGUGGGGUCAGACAUAUUCAACAUGACCCUGAAAGAAAUGAAAAAAGAGCCUGUUGAGGUCCAGUCUUGUGGUCAGUCAAAUGCAGACAUGAUUUUUGACUUCAAAGAUGAAGGAGGUGGUCAGAUUGACCCCGAGCUCCAGGAUCUUUUUGAUGAGCUGACAAAGACAGUGCCAACGUUGAAUGACCUGGAGUUUGAGAGGAUGCUGAAGCAGGAUGAUACAUUUGGUUUGGAUCUUGGCCGGCCAAGCUCAGCAGGAGCAGCUGCCAGUCUGUGUUCCCCGACAAUGGAUAAGCCAAUAAAGAUGGAGCACUCCCCAGAUUUUGGCCAUGUUCAUGGUGGCUCGCCACAGCUUCGACCGGCCUCGGCAGGACCCUCUUUUACGCUGACCAGCACCUCUUCUACCACCACGUCGCAAAAGGCUAAUACUCAGGCAGGACACCCCAGAGCCCUGCCCUGCUGGCCAGAAAUAUCCCACGCAGAGCAGCUGAAGCAGAUGGCAGCCAACCAGCAGCAGCCAAGCUCUCUGCUCCAUCACCACCACCAAACACCACCCGCAGGAUUGACCAACUGGGCUCCUGCCAUGAGCACCCACUCCUCCACCAGCCCCUUCCCCCAGGACAAAGUCCCUAGCCCGGCCCCACUGAGCCAGCAGCGGAUUGGCUCUCAGAGUAAAGGGAUCAACAACUGCCUCUUCAAGUCAAACGGCCACAAUGGCUCCCAUCAUUUGGACAUAAAGGUUCUCAGCAGCAAGCCCACGUUGCACUUCAGCCCUAAAGCACCCCAUUCUGCCAGCCAGACAAUGCCUAUCAUGGCAGGCUCAGUGAACAAGACUUCAGCCCAGCAGCAGCAGCAGCCAUCAACCAGCCAGAAUCAGCAACAUACAGCUCUCCACUUCCAGAACCAACAGAUCUCCACGUCAGGUGCUCUUUGCCUACAGCCCAAGUCGGCUCCUGCAGGGCUGCCAUUCAAAUUGUCACAACAGCGACAGGAUAAGAGUGGGGCCACGGGGGCUGAGCCUACCAGGUCACUCCGGCAGUGCUGUGAAGGGAGUACUUGUUUCCUGGGAAAGGGAGCCGCAGCCAAGUCCAGAUGCCGAGCACUCCCCAGGGACAGCGUCCUGAGUCCAGACUGGAGGAAGUGCAGUGUGAGAGCCGGCGAGGCUGGGCCUGGAUCACUGUCAGCUGCCUGCACUGCCGCAGGAUGGGAGACUAAAUCACUCCGCUCCUUCUCUGAGGCCUGA